CUAAUCUACGUAGUGCAACCUGUGCUUCACAAGAAAAACUCAAUCAUCAUGAAAUUCUUCAUCGCUCUCUUUGCCCUCGUGGCUGUCGCCGUUGCCGCCCCCGGCUACGAGGAUCCCUGGCAGGGUUGGAACGCGUGGAAGCCAGUUAUCAAAUCGUCGGGAUGGCAGCCAGCCUGGCCAUCGUCGGGUUGGCAGAAGUCAUCUGGUUGGCAGCCAGCGUCAGCUGGUUGGCAAAAGUCCGGUUGGUCCUCUGGCUGGUCUCAGCCCUCUCACGGUUGGCAACAGCCAUCCCAUGGCUGGUCACAGGUAAUAAAAAACCAAUCACGAGUGAAUGAAAAAAAUUAAAUAAAACGGCUAUCAAUCAUCGUCCUGAUUACGCUACACUCUCAUCAGUCAUCGUGGGGAUGACUAAUCAUCGACUUUUCCAUCAUUUCAAAACUGGAUAAAAUCUCGUACCAGUCUUUUCCUACUUUCUCCGCAUUUACGUCGAUAAACUCUCUAUACACCAGUGUUAUCCAACAUCAAACUCAAUCAUCAAAGCAAUCAUCAGGAUUCAUAACGAAAUCAUAAUGAAUUCAUCAAUGAUCUUGCGAUUCUCAUUAAUUCACCCGGGAAGUGGUGCCGUAAAAUAAUGAAUAUUCCGUUAAAGUUUUCCAUAGAUAUCUCGGAAACCGCGGGAGAUACCCAAAAUCUUGUACUUACCUUUUUUGCAGGGAUUAGUGACUUCUACAAAAAAGAUAGAGACAAAAAUUUUGAUAACUCUAUUGGCUUGGGAGUUAUUUUUGAAAAUGCUGAAGAUAUUGAAAUUCGAUCUCAUCACUGUCUUAUGAUUGUGUCAUCUCAUCUCUUGGGGAUUGAUGAAUGGUUGAU